AUGUCUGACAUGGGGCCUCUACAGAGGAUGCUGAACCGGACCACCCUCUCCACACAGAGGCUCCUCCACACACACAUCCUGGAUAGGACGUAUGGCUGGAAGUUUAGAGGCCCUAGCUGGAGUAAUGGAUUCUAUAAUUGCACUUUAGGGAAAGGUACAGCAGCCAACCCUAAGAUCACACUCUUCCUCACCAGCCCUGAGGCGUACUACCACAAACCACUGAGCACAGUGCCAAUUCUGACCACCAUCAGUCUCUCUUUAUUUCCCUCUCUCUCCAUCCAUCCCUUCUUCCUUUCAUCUUUCUUUCCCUCCCUCACUCCAUUCCUCCUUACCUUCCUUUUGACCACCAUCGCUUUAUAUUUUCCUCCCUUCUUCUCUCCCUUAUUCCCUCCCAAGUGUCUGCAGGUGUGCUUCAAAGAGGCCUUAUUGGCAAGGGAGAGGCUGGAGGCCGAGGAGAGGCAGGGGGAGCGGGUAGAGCAGCAGGCCCAGUUUGAGGAGCGCUGUGUGGGGCUGCGACAGGAGAUCGAGAGGGAGAUGAGGCUGGCGGUGGAGGAGACCUGCGGAAGGAUGAGGGCUGAGAUACAGAGAGAGGUGGAAGAGGAGAGACGGAGAGAAGUAGAGGCCAUGGAGGCAAAAGUACAGGAGAAUGUGAAGAGGCUUGUUCGGGAAACAGAGGUGUGUGUGCGACAGCAGUGUGAAAGAGAGGCACAGAAGGACCUACAGAUUCUCCAGGACAGACAUACCGUGGAACUCGCUCUCAUGCAAAGCCGGCAAGAAUGUCUACACAUACACACACACAAUGUGCAUGGGACUCACUGACGCUGAGCCAUUCCUCCUCCUCCAUCCCUAUCUCUCCAUCUCUCUGCAUUCCCUGUAUGCAUUCCUCUCCCUCCUGCAUACCUGCCUACAUGACUACUUCUCUGUCAUUCUCCAUAGUGUGUAUGCCCUUGCGUGCCCUCUCUUCACACAUUGUGUAUGUGUGUCAAUGGAGGCUGCGGAGG